ACUUUUUGGGAGAGAUGUGAGCAUGUUUGACUGGACUCAAUCAGAGAAUUAAGAGCCUAACCCUACAAAUACACGCAAGCUAAGGCCUCAUGAAGUUUAGAAGUUGCAUUCUGUAUGCUGUUGGCUAAUUGGCUUUACUUUCCGUCCGUGUGUGUGUUUAUAUAUAUUUAUAUAAUAAACAGUAGAAAAUCCAAGUUGACGGCUUUCCUAGCUAGGGAAAUUAAUUAGGAUUGAUCGAUCGAUCGAUUAGGGAUGAUGAUGAGCUGCUUGGAGAAGAGAGAAGUGAGGAAUUACAACAGAUCUGAAACGCCUCGUAUUAGAUGGACUGAAGAGCUGCAUAGCCUCUUCCUUCAAGCUGUUCAUAGCCUCGGAGGAUGCAACGAAGCAACUCCGAAGCAGAUUUUAAAGUUCAUGGGGGUGAAGGAACUCAGCAUAUCUCACGUUAAAAGCCACCUGCAAAUGCACAGGAUCACCAGUAGCCAAUCCACAAUCGACUGCACCUCUCAAUCUAAGCAAAAGCAUUGCAAAAAGAGAAAGAGAUCAUCAAUUGCCUGCACUACUUCAUCACCAGUAGUACUGCACUCUCAAGAUUCAUACCAAAACUCUACAUUCAAUUCCCAGUACAUUUUCCAACUGCCUUCAUUCGACGAGUUGCUGAGGGAGUGGAUGCUGAAGCACCCAAGCAGUAAUCACCCAAAUGAGGAGACUGUGGCUGUGAAAGAGAUGGACUGUGAGCUGACUCUAUCAUCCUUGAACCAAGAAUCGAUACUCGAUCGCGUAGAUACAUAUCGGAAACCGGCGAGCAAAGAAGGAACUGAGUGCUGGGGCACAACUUCAAGUGUAGAUUUCCAUGAAAGGGAAGGAUCAGUGACAAGGAGUGGAGACGGUUGUGCUUCCUGCCAACACUUGAACUUGGAGCUAACCAUGUCAUCUUCUUGUUCUUGCCAAUGUCAACUGUAGAAGUCAUAAAUUAUUCAGUUAAUUAAAUAUAGAGGUUAAAAAAAAUAAAAAAUAAGUGAGGCCGGAUUAUUGAUAUGUACACAACGUUCAUUAGCUAAUUAACUAGGUUAAUGUUUAUGUAUACUGUGCAAAGAUAGAUUCUCAGAUUAAGAAUGUGAAUGGAAGGCUAUUUGAUCAUAUAGAUUCUCAGAUCCUUCAAUCAAUAUUGGAAGUGGAAAAUCAGAUUAAUUAUACAAUAAAGUGAGAUGUUAAGUUUUGUAUAAUUAAGCAGGUGUCAGUGACUCUUUGACGUUGUCACAGUUGUAUUAUGUAUCAGUAACAGUGAGCAGAUGGUAUGGUUUUUAUUUAAUUA